AUGUCAUCGAUCGUGGCUUCGGUCGGGUCCAACUACGUGCCCCCCUUCGCCCAAACGACGGCCCAUCAUGGCGGUGCUAGCGCGUCGUCGGCCGCUAGCGCAGCAGCUUCGGGCGGCGCGACGGGCACGAGCAUCUCGUUCGCCAAGAUCGCGACGGGCACGGCCACGGCUUCGAGCGCUGCGGUCAAGCCGACGCAUACAUCCAUCAUCAGCACCGAUGGCAGGAUCGACUCGACGUCGUUGUUGGAGUAUUUCACCAAGGUUUGUACUUGCUCGUCGAGUCGCGCGUUGCGGUCCUCUGCACGUGCGUUGCUAGCAGUCGUCGGUCAUCGCGGCGCUUGUCGUAUACGGCCGACCAGCAUCGGAGAUGUUCAUUACGCGCAGAGAGAGACUGACUGGUGAUCGAUCGCAUCCCCCUCUUCACACAGCCCUACAUCGAUGCGCACUCCCUCUCGGUCCCAACCUGGCGCUACGCCUACAUCCUCUGGUUCGCAAUUGCCGGUGUGCUCAUCCUGUGGUCGCUCGUAUACCAGCUGAGCGGAGCGAGUAGAGGGUCAGCGCUCAGCGCGCUCUUUCGCAAGUAUUCGAUCAAACGCUUCGUCAUUCAGACCAAGAAACCGAAGAAGGCCCAAAAGGGGACGGAGGAAGAGGCCAGACCUGUACCCGUCGUGUCGAGGAGUCGAGUCAGGCUCGCUUCACCGACCUAUGCUCAGAUCAUCGUCUUGCUCGCACUGGUUGCCUUGUCGUGUUGUCUCAGCUUCCUCGGCGUGAGCUACAUCAAUCCUCGCACCUGCACCUUUGGAGGAACGUGCCCGUACCAGAGCGUCUAUUCGCAGCUGCCACCGAGGAUGUUGCGUCGCGCCUCGACAUCGAAUCCAGGAGGUUAGUCCCGCCCCAUGCGAAGAAGUCUUUCUGCUCUCGGGGUCCGAGGGGAGAGCUGACCCUUGAGCCCGGCCCUCCUCGACAAAAUCUGUUCCCCGCCCCCAGGUUGGGUCGCGUAUACGGAUCCUCUCCUCUCAGCUUCGAACACCGACAUUGACAAGAACUGGUGGACCUCGGCCGCUCGACUUGGUUUAAUCGCUUACGCCCUACUCCCGCUCUGUGUUACGCUCGCAUUGAAGCAGGUGAGCGCGCAUUCGAUGGGGCCUGGGCAGAUCAUCAUACUUGAUCUGACGAUCGUCAAUUCAAACCGAUAGUGGCCUUUCAACAUCUGGGCUACGCCUUUCCUGACGGACUACCACUACGACAAGGUAAGAAAGGGUGCGCAAGAGCCUCAUACCAGGCGCACGAUGGCAUAGCGCACGAGGCUCAUUUGACGCUGUCUCUCGGCACAGACGGCCAUCUUGCACCGCUGGUCUGGACGAAUCAUCUGGCUCUUCACGUCCGGUCAUGUCGCAGCCUGGUUCUAUCAGUCCGUCGUCGACAAAGACCCCUUUGGACGACCGGUACUCAUCUCGCUGCUCGGCUACUGGCGUUUUCUCGCCGGCAUCGUCGGCUACGGCUUGUUGACGCUCUUGACCCUCGUCUCGUUCCGACCGAUCCGCGAUCGUCAUUACGAGCUAUUCUACUGGUCACAUGUCGUCAUGGUCUUCACGCUCCUCGCGACGUGCAUCAUCCAUCAUCGACCUCUGAUGUGGUGGCCCAUCAUCGCUGCGAUCGUGUGGGGUGCCGAACGGCUGUGCCGCCUCCUCGUGCAACUCCAUGUCAAUGGGGUUACAAAAGGCAUCGGACUUCGACCCAAACCCUCCAAAACGAGCGCUUCGAGCUUUUCGGUCCUUGGGGCAGAAAAGAUCGACGGCUAUACCGACGGCAAGGGAAGGCUGUUUGGUCCUGGCGCCGUGGACGAAGCGAGCAUGCCUCUGGCCAAUUCGGGUGCUCCGCACGCCUCGACGACGAACCACCACGUGUACCCACCCUCUGCUCAAUCCCAACAUCUACCCUACCUCCCUAGCCCCGCUCCGAGUUAUUCGGCCCUCAACUACAACAUACCCAACGCCCGCGCGCGUCAGCUCCCUCCCCCCGGUUUCGCCUCGGCGCAGAUCCUUCCCGGUCGGACGAUUCGCUUGACGAUCCACACGCCUCGAGCCGUGCGCUGGCAGCCCGGACAACACGUCUUUCUCACACUGCCGACCCUGCGCCUUUUCCAAGCGCACCCGUACACGAUCGCGUGUUGCGACGAGAGGACAAAGGGCAUCGCGCCGAUCGGAGGCGCGUCGACAAUCGAAGGUAGCGAGAUCACCAUGCUCAUCCGAGCCCAGCGCGGGUUCUCCAAGACCUUGUGGGACCACGUGGUCAAGGAGCGGAAGGAAAAGGAGGCUUCGGGUCUGCCCGCCGCUGAGUGCUUCAAGGGCGUCGAGUUGCGAGCACUGAUCGGCUGGCCCCUCGGAUCCUCGUGUCGCACGUCGUGGGGACAGUACGAGAGUCUCUUGAUCUUCUGUGGUGGCACGGGUGUCACUUUUGGGAUCAGCGUGCUCGAGUAUAUCUGCCGACGCCUCGCUCGCCGCGAUGCCGACGAUCGCAAGUACAAGACGAGCCGCGUGCGCUUCGUGUGGAUCCUGCGCGAGUUUGCGCAUCUCACGUGGGUCGCGCCUACGCUGCGUCGGUGCCUCGACAUGGUCGAUCCUUCUCAAUUGCAAGUCGAGGUCUUUGUCAGUCGUGAUCCUCCCUCGCUCAAGUACCAACAACCUUCGACGACCUACUUGCCGGGCGAGAACUAUGAGUUUGCAGCCCCGAGCCCACCGUUCGCUCGCUCCCACCGAGCGGCGUCCCCAGGUCGCGGCGACAGUGGUGACGAGAGCGAUUUCGAGGAGGAAGGGUCGAUGCGAACCCGAUUGUUCCAGCGCGCUUACCCGACUGCGAUGUACGGCGAAGCGGUCGAGUCCGUCACCGACCUGGUCCUGUUCGAUGGCGAGGAUGACUACCGUACCCCUGGCGAAGCCGAGAUGUCGAGCAAGGUCAAAAAGGUCGGCAAGAUCCGGCGAGCCUUGUCGAGGAGGAACAGAUCGGAACCGACGGAAUCGACGAUGCCGUACAUCGGUGCUAAGGCGCCUUCGCCUUACCGCAGCGAAGUGCGUGACCCCUUCACUGCACCUGAAUACAAUCGAUCGUACUCGGAAGUUGCUUUGGGCACAGAUAGAAGACAUGUUGGUCGAUCGGACUCGCCAGCGUCCAAGGGCGCGUACGAAGAUACGCCCGACCAGUCGUUCGGAGUCGAAGAGGAGAACUCGUAUCGCCUCGGUCCCAGUCAAACCAAAUCGACGAGCUUGCAUCGACUCGUCGAUUCGAGGCGCAGCUCGUUCCGACCCACCACCACAGCAGACGAGGACGGUUUGCUCGACGUCUCAGCCGAGGACCAAGCCGAUCUCGAUAUUGUCGCCGAAUUCGCCAAACCGGGCUACCCCAAAUUGGCGGAGAUCUUGGAUGCCGAAGUCAACACUUCCAAGGGGAAGACGAUGGUCGCUUGUUGUGGCCCGAACGGGCUCAACACCCUCGUCAGGCACCUCGUGUCAUCCCGCAUCGAGAUCAAGAAGUUGCUGAAGGGCGACCCGAGGGCUCAGAUCAGUCUGGUUUGCGAAGAUUUUUCUUUCUAG